CGUGGUUUACGGAGCUUUCUUUGAAACAAACGCUCGUAUCGUCAUGUUCCAAACGAGAGAUGUUUCACCUUUCACCACACCGAGUGGUAAUAUGUGCUGUGGGAUGGUUAAGCAGUUUCAUAAUAUUGUAGUUGUAGCCGGUGAGUAGACAUCGGCUUUGGACAGCGCCAGCUGAUGAGGGGAAACGCACUUGGUGUAUUCUUUGUUGCAAAUUGAACACCUCAAAGGCAGAUUAAUGCAUUUUCCGCGAAAAUAGCCCCCUAUUCCAGUGAAAGCUAUUGAUGUCGGUGAGUCAUUGUGACCGAAGAUGCUUACAGAUAUGAUUGAGGUUGAAGAAUUCGAAAUCAAGGAGGAAGAACCAUGGUAUGACAACCAGGACCUUGAGCAUGACCUCCACCUGGCAGCUGAGCUGGGGAAGACCCUGCUGGACAGGAACAGAGAGCUGGAGCAGGGUCAUCAGCAGAUGUACUCCACCAAUCAGGAACAGCUACAGGAGAUAGAGUACCUGACUAAGCAGAUGGACCUCCUGAGGCAUGUGAAUGACCAGCAUGCUAAGGUCUACGAGCAGCUUGACCAGUCUUCCAGAGAGCUGGAGCAGAGCAACACCCGCCUGGUACAGGACAACAGGGCCGCCCAGCACAAGAUCCAGGGGCUGACCGAGAUGAUCGACGCUCUACAGACCCAGAUAGAGGAUCUUCAAUGUCAGGUAGAGGAUCUGAAGACCACCCCUGCCAAUCCCAAUAGGAAACCCCUUACAGAGGCAUGUCGGCCCUACGGAGCGCAGAGUGUGUACUGCCUGAAUGACCUGCAACCCACACAGAGGUACUCGAGUUACAACUCUGGCGACCAAUCUGAUGACCGCUGGUCUCCCUCUGACCUCUCGUGGCUAGAGGAGGAGCAGGAGUCGCUACGGCAAUCGCUCCGCUCUCUACAGACCCAGCUGGCCAAUGAACGUGCUCGGAGGGAGGGGGCGGAGCGAGAUGCAGACCUGCUAGCCAAUGAGAAUGUGGUGCUGGAGCAGCGCUUGGGAAUGAUGGCGGGGUGCCAGGCCAGACUAGCGGAGCUGGAGUGUGAGGCUGAGGAGCUUCGUCAGCUGUGGAGAGCCAACCAUGCCACCAAAGCUUGGAGGUCAAGGGUCAGCCUGACAAUGCUGCCCAAUACCCUCUUCUUCCCCCUGAACCAGGAGAGGGGGAUGGGGGAGGAUGGAGAGAGCGAGGAAGACGUGUUGGACGUCAGCUACCUUUCCAACCCGAAAGGUUGUGACGUCUUGAAGAGAUGCAACAGCGAGAAGCAGCUGAGGUCACCACGGGGUGAUGGGUCAGAGGUAGACGAGAGUCAUGACUAUGAGCGUUCGUGCGUCCGCCAUUCAGAGGUGGUGAAGCAGCGUGGGAUCUCCCUCCUCAACGAGGUUGACGCUCAGUACAGCGCCCUGCAGGUAAAAUAUGAUGCGCUGCUGCGGCUCUGCCACCAGGGGGAGCCGUACCCAAACCAGCAGAAAAACCACAAGGAGCUCCAGACACCCAGCGUAGCCCCGUUYGACUGCCCACAAAGCCCAGCCCCAGCCUCCCUUCGCAAGGCUGCAGGCACAGACACGAAUGGCCAGGAGGAUGAACUUCACCAGCCUGAGUACAAGGCCCUGUUCAAGGAGAUAUUUACCUGCAUCCAGAAAACAAAAGAGGACCUGAGUGAGAACAGAGGAAAGCCCUGGCAGUUGGCGUAGUAUGGCUUUUGUAGUAAACACGCAAAAAUUGCUCUGCUUUUGCGCUGGACAUGCAGUUGUUUCUUGUUGGAGGUGAGCUAUUAAGCAAGUGCCUUACAAAUUGUUUGUAAGGCCUGGUAACUGAUGUACUGUGUCUGUAUCUGGUGGAACUGCAGCUGAAUCGAUUACCAUCUCUAAGGGCUCAUCUCUAUCUAUGGAUGCUGGAGCAGCCAGAGAAAGGCAACAAACAUCAGCUGAUACACCAGCUCUUUUGCAUGGCACGAACUGUGCCUAACAUUCAGUCUACAUCAUUCUGCCUCAAUCAACCAGCCCUACCCGAGCCAUGUUGCCCUUAGAUUAGCGUCUAGGGGCAAUGUUCUUCUACUCAGGAACCAAGAACCUCUGGAAACUUUCUGUGGACUAGUGCUUUUCCAUGGUACCUCUAUGCACUGUUCAAUCAAAAGCUACAUAUCCUUUUAAAGUGACAAUGUCUGAGCCUGAUGGUCAAAACGGUAACUUUGUAUCAUCUUUUUUGCCUCAAACGCCACUGUUUCUUACUCUUGGUGAAGGAUAAAGACAAAUUAUGUGAAUUUACAUCUCAGAUUUGUACUGUAUGUCUUCAAAAAAGUUAGCAUGAUCCUAAAAUGUAAAAACUAAAGUAUUUGGGUAUGAAGACUGAGUUGUAUGUACAUGAUUGAUGUAGUAAUUAGCAAUAUAAUCUAAUGAGGCUAUACCAGAACUCAGCUAUGUGCUAUGAUAUUAGUGUGCUUUCCAAAUACAAUGUUGACAUUUCAUAAACUAAGUCUUUUUCCAA